AUGGAUUCUAGGCUCCUGAUUGGACCGGGGGUCCCCACGCCGGACCCGACCACCCGGGAACCCUGGAACAUCAGCUCCAUCAGUCCGCACCGGCUCAUGGAGCUGGCUCCUGUUGCAACAGCUGGUUCUGUGGUUCCAAGCCACGCAUUUCCAACGGUAGAUGUCCCAGACUACGCUCACUACACCAUCGGCAUUGUCAUCCUGGUGGUGGGCAUCACAGGCAUGCUGGGAAACUUCCUGGUCAUAUAUGCUUUCUGCAGGAGCAGGAGCUUGCGGACACCAUCCAACAUUUUCAUCAUUAACCUGGCAGUCACAGACUUUCUCAUGUGUAUUACUCAGACACCCACCUUCUUCAUCAACAGCAUGCACAAGCGAUGGAUUUUUGGAAAGAAAGCUUGUGAAAUGUAUGCCUUCUGCGGAGCACUGUUUGGUAUGUGCAGUAUGAUGACACUGAUGGUGAUCGCGGUGGACCGUUACAUGGUGAUCACCAGGCCUCUGGCCUCUCUGGGGAUGAUGUCUCGCAGGAAAGCUCUGAUCAUCCUGGCUGUUGCCUGGAUCUACACAAUGGGCUGGAGCCUGCCCCCAUUCUUUGGCUGGAGUGCUUAUGUCCCAGAGGGUCUGAUGACGUCUUGUUCCUGGGACUACAUGACGUUUACUCCGUCUGUCCGCUGCUACACCAUGCUGCUCUUUACCUUCGUCUUUUUCAUCCCUCUCUUCAUCAUCAUCUACAGCUAUUACUGCAUCUUCAGAGCCAUCAGGCACACAACCCGAGCGCUAACUAAGAUCAGCUGUGCGGGCAACAGGGACUCUGCAAAGAAGUUCAAUAAGAUGAAGAGUGAAUGGAAGAUGGCCAAGAUCGCACUUAUCGUCAUCCUACUAUAUGUCAUCUCCUGGGCCCCUUACUCCUGUGUGGCACUCACUGCAUUUGCUGGGUACGCUGACAUGUUGACUCCGUAUAUGAACUCUGUUCCUGCUGUAAUCGCCAAGGCCUCUGCGAUCUACAACCCCAUCAUCUAUGCCAUAUCGCAUCCCAAAUACAGGUCAGCGCUCGGUGCGUAUAUUCCCUACCUCGGGGCAUUGCUGUGUAUUACUGGCAGAGACCGUUUAAGCAGCAGUAGUUUCCAGUCCACCCGCCGAUCAACCCUUACCAGCCAAUCGGAGUGCAAACGCCCCAGCAAGCCCCACAGGGCCUCCCUGUCUGAGAGCGAAUCAGCCCACUUCUCAGACACGGAAGAGGACUGCUCGUCUCGGACGUCUGUCAUUCGUCAGUUGUCCGGUGAUGUCAAACAGGUGCGCCCUGCCAGCAAGAGGACAAAGGUGAGAGGUCCCAACACUGGAGAGUCCGAGAGAACUGCCGCCCACAACCCCACUGACCCGACAAUGUGUCACCUCUCACAGAUCACAACUCUGACAGAGCCUGAAGACAUCUCCAUGUCAGACAUCAGCCUGCAGCCAACUAGUCAUCUGCCUGCUACUGUGGACAGAGUGAUGGAGGAGUCUGAGUCAAGAACUUGGUGUAAGACUACGUCAUCCGUCAUUGUAACCUCCAUAUCCAGCCCGUCUAUACUGCCUAGUCCCUCUGGUUUCCAAGGUAACCUCAAAUUGACUAAAACAUACAGCCCGGUUGCCAAGGAGCCCCUUGACAUAGCCUAA